AUGGACAAACCUGCACACUUUGACCCCAAAUUCAAGUGUGAUAUUCUGUUAAACAACCAUUCAGAGAGUUUCAACAAAAGCAUCCUACCAGCUAGGAAGAAACCCAUUCUUAGUUGUUUGGAAGACAUCAGAGCUGCCACUAUGUUAAGGGUUAUCAGUUCAAGUGAUAACAUCUUUGAGAUUCAAGGUAGAGGGGUAGCAUGUGCCUCAGGUUUGGUGGCUGCACAUUCAGUGUCAUUGGAUGCAAGGACCUGCACAUGUAAGAGAUGGGACAUCUCUGGGGUACCAUGUGGGCAUGCAGUAGCUGCAAUUCACUCUAAAGGGAUGAGGCCUGAUGAUUUUGUGCAUGAAUACUUCACCAUGGACACCUAUAUGAAGGCAUAUGAGCCCAUUUUGUUCCCAAUAGCUGGAGUGGCUGAGUGGGACAAGAUACAUAGGCCCAUUCCACCUCCUCUUUAUAGGAGGCAACCUGGGAGGCCCAAAAUGUCAAGGAACAAGGAACCUGGUGAAGUAGCCCCACCAACUGGAGCUGAGAAGUUGCCUAAAGUCUAUUACCAACAGAUCGCUUGUGGAAUACGUAAGAAGAAGGGCCACAACAGGAGGACCUGCAAGGUGAGGAAUCAGCAAGGUGAGAAUGUGCAGCAGCAGCAGCAGGAAGAUGAGGCAGUGCAGCAGCCAGAAAAUGAGGAAGUUUUGCAGCAGGAUCCUCAGGAAGUUGACCAAGUGGAGCCACAAGAUGAAUACUUGCCAUUACAGCAUUUACUCUUUUCGGAAAUGCAAUAUAUCAUGCAAUUGUUGGUUUAUAUUGUGUUGAAAGAGUACCUUGAGUUGAGUGUAACAUUUUGA